GGGGAGAUGGAUAAACUGACCAUCAUCUCAGGAUGUCUCUUUCUGGCCGCCGAUAUCUUCGCCAUCGCCAGCAUCGCCAACCCGGACUGGAUCAACACCGGGGAGUCGGCGGGAGCACUCACCGUUGGCCUUGUGCGACAGUGUCAAACAAUCCACGGACGAGACCGGACAUGCAUCCCACCACGGCUUCCCCCAGAGUGGGUCACCACACUCUUUUUUAUCAUCAUGGGAAUCAUUUCAUUGACUGUCACUUGUGGUUUGCUGGUGGCUUCACACUGGCGAAGAGAAGCAACAAAAUAUGCUCGAUGGAUAGCAUUCACUGGAAUGAUCCUUUUCUGUAUGGCUGCCCUAAUAUUUCCAAUAGGAUUUUACAUCAAUGAAGUCGGAGGUCAACCUUAUAAAUUACCCAACAACACAGUCGUUGGGUCAUCAUACGUACUUUUUGUCUUAUCCAUUUUCUUUACAAUAGUCGGACUUUUAUUUGCUGGCAAAGUUUGUUUACCGGGUUGAUGAAUGUCAAAAUUGCUUGACUUUUAUUAAUUUUUAUUUUAUUUUAUUUUUUAAUUUUUGGAGGGUGGGAGGACAAAGACAAGAACAUCUGAGUAGUUCCUCUCCUAGGAAGCUACUUAGAUGAAACUGAUGCUAAAAAGGAAAAAAAAAAAAAAUAAGAAAAAGAAAAAAAAUUUUGAUUUGUUCUCACUAUGCACUUUGAAUUUUAAAACAAAAAUUGAGAGCCUUUUCCAGAACCAAAUACAGACAAUAUUGACUAAAUAUCUCCUGAGCAUUUUCAGGCAGUCGGGUCUGCACUGUGAUAGCAACCUAGAGAAAGAGAAUGCUGUAUACUGAGAAGCAGGUGGCCCUGGAUGACUCUUGUUUCCUUUUUAACCUCUACCGAGUCAUUGGAGAGAAAAAAAAAGUCUAGAAGUAUUUAUGAGUCAUUAUGGACCAGAGGGAUGCAAAGACAAGUUCACGUGAGGCUGGCCUCACCUCCUAAGCAAUUAGUAUUCACAGCUUCCUUGUAAUGGUAUGAACCCUCAGCACCAGGAUAGAUUGCCAUUGCAUUACUGUACCAAGAAGCCAAUAGAUCAAAACUUAUUUGCUAAAAUGUAUGUAAAAAUUCUGAAAUUCCCUAUUCUCUAUGUACAAAAAAAAAAAAGUCAAAACACUAAGAAACAUGUUGUUGGGUGUGGGUGGGUGGGGGAAAUGUUCCUUAUAUUUAUAUAAAUAUAUAUAAUAUAUAUAUUUUGCUGAUGCAGUAUACAGUGUAUAUAUAUGUGUGUGUGUGCGCGCGUGUGUAUGUGUGUGUAAAUUUAUAUGCACACACAGGCAAACAGUUCCUGGAAGAGAACUCUGAAUGCUUUGCUAGCAAAACACUGUGGUGUGCAAACCUAGAAUUCAAUAGAAAACAAACAAACAAACAAAAGCCAUUUAUCUGAAGGCUGCAUAGUGGAGAGAGUCUUCAAUUUACCUCAUUCUUUGUAGCAGCCCUUGAUUUUAACAGGUUUUUGUAAUAGGUACAGAUAAUUCCAUGCCUUUCUAGGUGCAAUUUUAAGUUAAACUAAAAUUCUUUGUAGGUUUAAUUUAUUUGUAUAUGGUAGUAGAAGGUAGAUCAUGUCAAUCCUUAUCACGGGGGGGGCGGGGGUCUGACACUAUUUAAAUUAUUGGAAACUGUUGUCUGUUGUACAGAGGUUCUCUUUUUCUACGGCAGUCUGUUACAUUAAUAAUGCUUUUUUCUAUGUUCAAGCACACAACUUUACAUAAAUACAAAGUAUACUAGAAAUACAGUGCAUAGCUAUACAUACACUAGUAAUCUGUUGGUUAGUUGCAACAUUAACAUCUCCUAUAAGAUUAAAUUUCAUGUUCUUUUCAUCUGUAAUCAUUAUCACUACAUUUUCUUUAUCAAAAACCUGAACAAUACAGUAUUUUUUAAUAGGCACCAUGGUUUGCUCAAAACUAACAUUUUUGCAUUUCCUUUAAAGGGCUGUACUAAACCCACAGCUUUGUUGUUUUUAGUUUGUUUGGGUUUUUUUGUUUUUUCCCUAAAAGAAGCAUUACAACUAGUCCAUGAACUUAUGAAUAGUUUUAAGUAUAGUGUUUCUCUUCUCCACAUUUCCAUGCCUUUAUGUCAAUGUUUCUUCCGUGAACCACUCAAGAUCGUCUCCUGUUUGCACUAUGGGGCAGGAGCGUCUUUCAUGGCAAUGAAGCUAAGUUUUUCUUCUUUGUAGUGAAACAGCAACCUAAAUGCCCCUAUCAAUAGCAUUAGACUCCUAGAUAUUUCACAUUUUUACACAAAGAGAAACAAAUGCACUGUUUUUAAGAAGCUAGGAUGUCAAUUAUAGAAUGGUUACUGCAGAGAUGGGGUUGCUUCUUCAAAUAUUCAGCAUAUGAAAUGGAAGAGCCUGAUGCUUCAGACUGGCUUGUUUGACAUUCAUAUAUAUAUAUAUAUAAACACAUAUAUAUGUACAUGCACACACACACAUAUAUAUAACUGUUAUUUCAGCAGUAUUUUAUUGUGAAAGAAAGCCCCAGUGUUGGGCUCACUCAAGAGCUGAGGUAAAACGGUGGAUCACCACUGUGGGACAUUUCUGAGUGUUCUGGGGAAAUGUCACACUUCUUCCUCCCAGAGUCAAAGAAACCCUUGGGAAAGGCCUGAGGGAGACCAUUUCCCCCCCAAGUAUUAUAACUAGUCAGUUCCAAGAGUAUCACUGGACAUGUUCUGUGGCCAUUUGGGAUUGCCCUUCCCAUCAUAAUUUGGUCCUCAGUCAAAUGGAUCACUGUGAAGAAAAACUUGGGUUGUCAUCAAUCAACCACUGAGAUAAAGUGUUAGCAAAGUAUGAUUCAAAUUAACUUAUAACAUGACCAAGAACUUUUCUCUUCCAAAAGAUUAAUUUCUUGUACAUAGUUUCUCAAAAAUAAUUUUAACUGGAUCAUGAGCAUGGGGAGAGAAUGUUUCUCAGCUGCUAAAAAUCCCCCCCCCCAUUUAUUUCUUUCACUUACAGUGGUGUUGCAUAUGUUAUUCCAAAAUUUAAGGUCUAUUUGUAUCUGAAACCCCAACUACUAAGUUCUCUUUAAUGUCAUUAUCUGAGGAAGUCUAGUACAUAGAAGAUGGAUAAGGAGAAAUUCCCUCCAGCCCAUCGGCACUUUGACCCGGAUUUAAAUCGUUUCAUCUAGUAAUAUGUGAAGUCAGAUCUUUGUACUCUUCCAGACCAAACAUUGCAAUGAACUCAUUCGUAUAAAAUGAUGUAAAUCCUGUAAGUGAAAAGUUAGACAACUGCCAGCAGUUGCUUUUAAAGAGGUCACUAUAAUAAGUACUAUAUAGUACAGUAUUAACUUAUAGCAGGAAAUCAUAUCUUGUAAGCUGUAUAUAAAACACUGUUUUAUGGUGCAAUCAUUUGUCAACGUUUUGUCUGUUACAUUGUUUUUAGAGUGUGCAUUCUCCUCAUACUUAAGAACAUCACUGUAAAAUCUGCUGAAAACUAUUUAUAGGUUUUAUUUGCACAAGACUUAAUUUGAAAUUCUUGGAAGCUCCUAUUGAACAUGUCUAAACAUCUGUAAACAUGAGAAAUCUUCAAUUCAUUAAAAGCAAAUCUAUCAGUAUGAUUCUUUCCAAAGGUAAUCUAUGUUCUAUGUUGUUAAUGUGUGUAUGUAAUUUUUCUGCCUCUUCCAUUUCUUUUAGACCUAUUUUCCAUUUGUUUUGUUUUUGAAAGAUGGCUCUUUUCUUCUUUUUAAUGUUCUAGAUGACCAAAACAUUUCAUUGACUUUUUUAUUUAACCUUUUACCUAAAGCUUUGAUAUCCGACUUGAUGUUCUGUGAAUUUUCACUGUUAAAUCUUUGAAGUUAAAGAAUAGUCCUGGUGACAUACAAUCUAUUGAUUUAGAGGUAAGGCCCAGAGCAAGCAUUGGCACUAACGUUGGAUAGACUCUUAGCUGUUACCUUGCAUCGUGGGCUUCAAGGGAAGAACAUGUUGCAUUUGUUUUUGUCUUUAUUAAAAGACUACUAGCCACAAGUUACUCUGACUGUAGUGACUGUUUGAUCCACCCACUUUGAUCUUUUAAAAAUUCAAUUUACAUUCACAACUCAAAAGCAGUAGCUGUCAUUCAGAACUAAUUUUGGAAGGAUAGAAAUGGAUGGAGGGAAAAAAGUGUCCUGUGUAGGCUGGAGUUCUUACACGGGACUUAAGAGUUGUAUCACCUUAAAAGGUUUUAAAGUUUGUGAUUGUGGCCUGUAUAUUACCCCAGACUUUAUUAAGGAUUGUUUUCUAAUUGGUUAUGACAUUUUUCAAUUAAUAGUUUCAAAGCAAAUUGUUAAUACAAACUGUAUAAAAUGAACAUAAUUUUCUUCACUUGUAUUUUUGUUAUUGAGCAAGUUUAUCAAAAUAAAUUGUCUACUAAAGAAACUAAAAA